CAAGGGAAGCCUCUGACGCCUCUGCUUCUCCAGGUGACUAUGGCCGACCGGGCGGCAGCGGAGAGGGCUUGCAAAGACCCUAACCCCAACAUCGACGGCCGCAAGGCCAACGUGAACCUGGCCUAUCUGGGCGCCAAGCCGAGGAGCCUCCAUUCUGGUUUUGCCAUCGGUGUACAGCAGCUGCACCCCACCUUGAUCCAGCGGACCUAUGGGCUGACCCCCCACUACAUCUACCCUCAAGCCAUCGUCCAGCCCAGCGUGGUGAUCCCGGCUGCCCCCGUCCCAUCUCUGUCCUCGCCGUUCCUUGAGUACACACCGGCCAGCCCAGCCUAUACCCAGUACCCACCAGCCACCUACGACCAGUACCCGUACGCCACCUCGCCUGCCUCCGUCACCAGCUUCGUGGGCUAUAGCUACCCGGCUGCCGUGCCCCCUGGCCUCUCGGCCUCAGCCCCAACGGGCACCACCUUUGUGCAGUACCAGCCUCCGCAGCUGCAGCCUGACAGGAUGCAAUGAGGCCACUGCCCCCUCGAGGCCCGUCACCCACACCCACCAGGCAAGUGGCCGGCCGAGCUCGGGGUGCACACCAGCACCUGUGCCUCUGGGAUCCCGCAGGACCCCCACCUGCACCCUGGGUAACCUGGAGACCAAAUCCCUUUAAAUCCAGGACCCCACACAUCUCGAGGGAGGACUUUGAGAGAAAGAGUGGGCAGGAGCUCUAGAAGGUGCAGCCGGACCUCCCCGCGCACACACCUGCCUUCUCCCUUCACCUCCCUCCUCCCCUCCCGCCCGAGCUCCGGGCUGAGGUCUCCCGGCAUCUCCUCAGCAUCCGUGAGGCCUCCCACCCUCCACAGAGCCCGGGCACCCUUCAGGCUCUGUGGAAACUGUCCUGCUCAGAGAUGCCUUACUCCAGGGAAACCUGAAGGAGCACGUGAAUUGACUGUUUAUUGUUGCUCCGUCCACACAAGCUGUGAACGCGGGAGACCGUGUGCGGGAAGCCACCUCGUGGAAUUUUCGUUUCUGGUGACGGCACGGGCUCUCCGCAGGCCCCGGGGCUCAGUGCAGCAGGGCCACCAGCCGGCCGCUCCCCAGCCCGCCGAGCGCUGCAGCCUUUUUCCUUACCGUCCUUGUUUUGCUACUAAGAUGUUUCAGAACUUCAGUUUAUUUUUUCAGCGGAGGCUCCUGCCCCCAGGAAAGCGGAACCUGUUUUUGACUUUGAGACUCACUUAUGUCCGUGGCUCCGCCCAAGGAGACGGACAGCAUUUCUGUUUGAAAAAGUGUCUGUCGCUGGAGCACCAGGAGUCCCUCAGAGGGCGGGCGUCUUCAGGUCUCUCUCAGCGACAGUAAGUUGUCUCAGAAGCCUGUCUCCACCCCUGCUACCCCUGCAGGGACAGAGGGAGGGGGCCCUAGGUGAUGCUGGCUGAGAGCGCCCCCACCCUCUCUCCUUGGUCCCCUGUUGCACCCCAGCCUGGCUGAGACCAGCCUGGCCCGUCCUGCCUGCCUUGGGCUCAGUGCAGAGGGAGGCGAGAGGCCCAGCACGCAGCGACGGCUCCUGAGGAGGCGGGAGGGGGAGGUGAGGGGCAGCCUGGCCGAGGGGGUUUGGGGAGAGUGGACAGAAGGUUAGGGGGCGCUGGGGGUAUUCCUUCAGACCUACCUCAGGGAAGCGGGAGGCCUCAGGGCUGACUGGCGCAGGCAAGCGCUUUGCGGUGCGCUUGGUCCGCAGUCAAGUCCCAGGAAAUACCGGUAGCUAAUGUUAUAAUAAUAUUUUUAUUAGAAUGUUCUGAUUAUAAAAAUAAAACUCGUUUUCUUUAAAGAGAA